AUGUCUUUCUUUGAUCAACUCGGCCAAGGCUUGGCUAUUGUCCAGCGCGAGGCCGCCAAACACAUCACCCAAGAGAACAUCACCCGAGCAGCUGAAGAGAUUCGGAAGCACGCUGAUUAUGCUACGCAGCAGAUACAACAGCAUGUCACUCCGGAGAAUAUCAACCGAGCGACCGAAGAGAUUCGAAAGCACCACGUCACUGCGGAAAAUAUCAAUCGAGCAGGCGAAGAGAUUCGAAAGCACCACGUCACUGCGGAAAAUAUCAAUCGAGCAGGCGAAGAAGUGCAAAAAGCUUUGGGCAACGCGGUGAGAGUUGCAGGGGAGACGGCCGAGAAGGCUCGACCUCAUGUUGAAGGAGCCAUCAUCAAUGUCAAAGAUACAGCAAGCCAUGUCGAGGAGUGGGUCAAAAACGAGGAGAAUAUUGAAGCCGUAAAGAAUGGUGCUAAAGUAGCAGCUCAAGAGACUGCCAAUUUUGCCAAGGAUAAUCCUGGACUUGUCGCUGGAAUACUCAUGAUGGUUGCUCCCGGAAUCAUCACCGCCCCGGUCAUGGGCGUAGCCAGAGUGCUGGGCUUUACUACGAGAGGCAUUGCCGCCAAGUCAGUUGCGUCAGGAGUCCAAUCAGCUGCUGGAAACGUCGCUGCCAAGGGCGCUUUUGCCACUGUGCAGAGCGCGGCCACUGGAGGAUAUGGCACGGGUGUGCUCGUCGGCAUAGUUCGAGUCGCAGGAGGAGCUGUAGCUGGCGCUGCUGGGAUGGGACGCGGGCUUUUUAAUUGGUUGGGAGGUGGCCAUCAAGAGCCUCCGCCAUGUUGUAAAGAAGAUUGA